GAUUAUGGCAUAACUAUGUAUGAUCAAGGCUAUACCGAUCAUGGCUACGUGGAGUACUCACACGAGCCGCCACCACUGGACUACUCGCAAAUGACGCCGCCGCCACCACCGCCGCCGGCAUAUUUUCAUGCACCUCAAAUGUUUAGUGAUGAAAAUCCUAAUGCUUGUUCCAUCAUGUGAAAAAUCACAAGCAUCUCAUUGAGGUUGAUAGUUCAAAAAUUGUAAAUAAAGCAUAUAUAUAUAUAUAGCUAGGGAAAAAUGCCAAGUAUAUAUGAGAGCUUGUAGAUGAGGACAUUGAAUUUCAAUUUAGUCUAUGUCAUUAGGUUGUAGGAACAGGUAAGCAGCCGCCCAACC